UUUUCACGCGUGCGUCAACAGGGUGGAAGUGCUGUGAGGUUUGGGUCAGACAGACAUUCGCCGACUGACCAAAACACCGUCUGGUCAAAACACCGUUUUUUUGUUUUGGCGUCAUAAUGGUCCUCCUUAAUUCUGAAAUCAUCAAAAUUUACUUUUAUGCCUUAUAAAUUUAAUUCUUUCUGUAGAUAUUUUUAUUGCCUUAAAAUUUUUUUAGUUUAUUUUCUUUUUAAUUCACUUGAUGAGCAACCCUAAUUCAUCCUCUAACAAGUAUCGAUCUCCAGCUUCUGGUUUAAGCAAAUCAAUUUUUUCUGCUAUUAAAGGUGUUCCAGUUGAGGAGGUUAACAGUAAAAGCGCAGUUAGAGCUCUUGUAAAUACAGGUGUACAUUUAUCACAAAUUGAUAAAACUUCGCAAAAAGAUGACAAAAAAGAGAAUAAAGAAAAGGAUAAAAUGAAAACAACUUUUAAAGCACUUAUUGGACAUUCUUCCUCAAAAUCAAGGGAUGGGGAAUCCUCUCAACGAAGCACUCCGAAAAGAAACAAAAAUAAAAAAUUAACAGAUAGUGAGAGAGGAAGACGCUCUUUUUCUUGUGAAAUGGUUGUUAAUACUCCUAAUCAUUGCCAGAAAGCUCAAAGUAUAAACCAAAUAAAUGUUGCACAUUGUCAACAACCACAACAAAAUCUUAUUACUUCCUCAAAUUCACUUAUUUGUGGCUCUUCACUUUCUGUUCAAUCAACAAAUCCUCCCUCUACUCCAGCAUUAAGAGGACGUUCACCUUCUGCUGCAAGUAGUAUUUGUUCGAAGGUUUUUAUAGAUCUUUGA